AUGUCGAAACCAUCCGAGAAGCCGCAAUCGCAACCGCCCGCCAUCAUGAGCGACGAACCGGGCAAGGGCAUAAAACCCCUCGGCACGCCCGACAUCACUAGUCUCCAGCGCGUUCGCCAGGUUUUUGCGCAGCCAGUCCUGGCUUCCUUCGUCGCCGGCGGCGUAGCUGGCGCGGUUUCACGAACCGUCGUAUCGCCCCUCGAACGCCUCAAGAUUCUAUUCCAAGUCCAGAGCGUUGGUCGCGAGGAAUACAAGAUGUCCGUACCCAAGGCUCUGGCUAAGAUGUGGAGGGAAGAGGGGUGGAGAGGAUUCAUGGCCGGAAACGGUACCAACUGCAUACGGAUUGUACCAUACUCGGCCGUACAGUUCAGCGCAUACAACGUCUACAAGCGGUUCUUCGAGAGCGAACCAGGUGCCCCUCUCGAUGCCUACCAGCGACUACUCUGUGGUGGUCUUGCUGGUAUCACCUCCGUCACGUUCACCUACCCACUCGAUAUCGUCCGAACACGCCUAUCCAUCCAGUCCGCAUCGUUCUCCGAUCUCAAGAAGGAGGCUGGCCAGAAGCUACCGGGCAUGUGGCAACUGCUUACAACUAUGUACAAGACCGAGGGCGGUUUCCCGGCGCUAUACCGUGGCAUCCUUCCCACAGUGGCUGGUGUCGCCCCGUAUGUCGGCCUUAACUUCAUGGUCUACGAGAUCGCCCGUACCAAGUUCACACGUGAGGGUCAGAAAGACCCGGGUGCUAUCGGCAAGCUGGGAGCGGGUGCGGUCUCCGGUGCUGUUGCGCAGACCAUCACAUAUCCAUUCGAUGUCCUGCGGCGGAGAUUCCAGAUCAACACCAUGAGCGGUAUGGGAUACCAGUACGCAGGAAUCGGCGACGCCAUCAAGCAGAUCAUCAAGACAGAAGGCUUCCGGGGUCUGUACAAGGGUAUUGUGCCCAACCUUCUCAAGGUCGCGCCUAGCAUGGCUAGCAGUUGGCUCAGCUUCGAGAUGACGAGAGACCUGCUCAUGGGCAAGGGGAACUCGGGCUUCUUGUAG